UCAAAGUGAAAGUGAUCGCUCAUUCAUUCCAAUGCUUUACAACAGUCGCCUUUUAAAACGUGUGGGACUUUGAAUCUUUGAGUCUUGAUCAUGCCAGUGAGAAAGAAAGAUGCUCAGAGGGCACUGCAGCUUCUGGAGGAAUACAGAACUAAACUCAGUCAGACUGGAGACCCUCAUCUCAGACUUUCAAUUGAGAGAGUCAUCGACAUAUUUCAGAGUACACUCUUCCAGGCUCUUAUAGAUAUCCAGGAAUUUUAUGAAGUGAGCCUCCAGGAUAAUGAGGAUAAGCCCAUAGAGCCAUCAAGCCUUAAAACCAGAGAACCUUUUCCUCCUGUUAACGAAUGGAAUCUCUCUGGCCCUCCCAGUACCACUGGACCAACAGAAACUCUGCCCAACAUCUGUCCUCAAAGCGAAGAGAAAUAUAGAUAUCAGGAUGAGGAUACCACGUCUCCUCCAGAACACGGCUCUCCACACCUACCAGGGGAUGUGCGUCCUCCUGAGCUGGUGCAGGUGUCGGAGAAGAACAUCUCCCAGAUUGAGAAUGUACACGGCUAUGUUUCUCAUUCACACAUCUCUCCUAUGAAGGUAGAGUCUCUGGAGUGCGUUUUUGAUGGGUCGUCAACAUUAGGAGGUGAGGAGGUUCCAGCCCCCGCCUUUGCCACACUAUACUCGCAAAGUGACACACUGAUGCAGCAGGCAGAUGUCAUUCCUCCCUCCGCUCCCAUAAUCCCUGUGAUCCCUAUCCCACCCGUCCCAGCCGAGACCACUGCCAUUCCAGCACCCACGUCACAGGCAAGUCCAGCACCGGUGGUGGUGAACACAGAAAGCCUUGACACCUCACCCUAUGUGAAUGGAACAGAAGCUGAUUAUGAAUAUGAAGAAAUUACACUUGAACGGGGGAACUCGGGCCUGGGUUUCAGUAUUGCAGGCGGUACCGAUAACCCCCACAUCGGCGAGGACCCAAGCAUCUUUAUCACUAAGAUCAUCCCAGGUGGAGCUGCCGCACAGGAUGGCAGACUCAGAGUUAAUGACUCUAUACUACGAGUAAAUGAUGUAGACGUGAGAGACGUAACUCACAGCAAUGCUGUGGAGGCUCUGAAGGAGGCAGGCUGCAUUGUCAGACUGUACGUAAGAAGAAGAAAAGCCGUCUCAGAAAAAAUUAUGGAUGUAAAGCUGGUAAAAGGUCCUAAAGGUCUAGGUUUCAGUAUAGCUGGAGGAGUUGGGAACCAACAUAUUCCUGGGGACAACAGUAUUUAUAUCACCAAAAUCAUUGAGGGAGGAGCUGCCCACAAAGAUGGAAGGCUGCAGAUUGGGGAUAAACUUCUGGCUGUGAAUGCUGCUUGCCUUGAAGACGUCACUCAUGAAGAUGCCGUGACUGCCUUGAAAAACACCCCUGAUGUCGUCUAUUUAAAAGUGGCGAAACCUACUAGUGUCUUUAUGAAUGAUAGUUACGUUCCUCCCGAUGUCACCAGCUCCUAUUCCCAGCACAUGGAGAACCAUAUCAGCACCCAAAGCUAUCUAAGUCAGCCAUUAACCCCCGCCACCCCAUCUCGGUACUCUCCUAUCUCAAAAGGCAUGCUGGGAGAUGAUGAGAUCACAAGGGAGCCUAGGAAAAUAGUCCUGCAUAGGGGCACCACAGGACUAGGCUUCAACAUUGUAGGAGGAGAAGAUGGAGAGGGAAUCUUCAUCUCCUUCAUAUUAGCAGGAGGGCCUGCAGACCUGUGUGGAGAAUUGAGGAAAGGAGACCGUAUCAUUUCUGUAAAUGGGGUGGACCUCCGCAGUGCAACGCAUGAACAGGCGGCUGCAGCACUGAAGAAUGCUGGACAGACUGUCACCAUCGUAGCUCAGUACAGACCUGAAGAGUACAGUCGAUUUGAAGCCAAAAUCCAUGAUCUACGGGAGCAGAUGAUGAACAGCAGUAUUAGUUCAGGCUCUGGCUCCUUGCGGACUAGUCAGAAGAGGACCUUGUAUGUCAGAGCCCUGUUUGAUUAUGACAUAACAAAAGACUCGGGCCUGCCCAGUCAGGGGCUGAACUUCCGCUUCGGCGACAUCCUACACGUCCUGAAUGCCUCGGACGAGGAGUGGUGGCAGGCGCGCCAUGUGACUCCAGAUGGCGAGAUGGAGGAGAUGGGCGUCAUUCCCAGCAAGAAGAGGGUGGAGAGAAAAGAAAGAGCCAGGUUAAAGACGGUCAAAUUCAACUCCAAGUCUCGAGAUAAAGCGCAGUCAUUCAAUGACAAGCGUAAAAAGAACCUCUUUUCGCGAAAAUUCCAUUUCUACAAGAACAAGGACCCCAGCGAACAGGAAACAAGCGAUGUGGACCAGCAUGUAACUUCUAACGCCAGCGAUAGUGAAAGUAGUUACCGUGGACAGGAAGAUUAUGUCCUCUCUUACGAGACAGUCACGCAACAGGAAGCGAGUUACGCUCGUCCAGUGAUUAUCCUUGGACCCAUGAAAGACCGGAUCAACGAUGAUUUAAUCUCAGAGUUUCCUGACAAGUUUGGGUCAUGUGUUCCCCACACGACUAGACCAAAGCGAGACUACGAGGUUGAUGCCAGAGACUACCAUUUUGUUGUCUCACGGGAGCAAAUGGAAAAAGACAUUCAAGAUCACAAGUUCAUCGAGGCGGGCCAAUAUAACAACCACCUCUAUGGGACAAGCGUGCAGUCCGUGCGAGAGGUUGCAGAAAAGGGCAAACAUUGCAUCCUGGAUGUCUCAGGCAAUGCCAUCAAACGACUCCAGUUAGCACAGCUCUACCCCAUAGCGGUGUUCGUGAAACCAAAAUCAGUGGAGAAUAUUUUAGAGAUGAAUAAAAGAUUGAUGGAGGAGCAAGGCAGGAAGACUUAUGACAGAGCUAUGAAACUGGAGCAGGAAUUCUUAGAGCACUUCACCGCCAUUGUACAAGGGGACACAUUAGAAGAGAUCUACAACCAGGUUAAGCAGAUCAUCGAGGAGCAAUCUGGGCCGGUCAUCUGGGUACCAGUCAAAGAGAAGUUGUGAGAUGGCUGAAGACAAAUAAACCUUAUUCCUCUUGCAACUUUUUUUGUUAUCCCCCCAAGUUUUCUCUUUUAUACUAACCUGGCCUGCUGCUGACAUUGGCUUUCUGACCCCUGAGCAUAGGAAACAUGUU